AUCGUUUGCCUGCGGCCAGCGCCAGGCUGCCGGCGCCGGGGCCGGGGCCGGGGCCGGGGCCGGUGGAGCGCGGCUCCCGGCUGCUCGUAGGCAGUUUCACUCGCUGAAGCUCAGGCGCCUGUCAGUUAAGGUUCCGGGGAUGUCGUUUUAAGAGGGCCCGUGACAAAUAGGAUAUACCGUCCCCAUCGGGCGAGGGCUAACGUCCUUGCCUUGACAAGAACCUGCAGCCGUAAAGCGAGUUUAAUUCUCUGACAAGAAGACUGGAGGCAGCUGCCGUGGCAUUGUUUACUGUGAUAAAUGGGAUUCUUCCCUGAAAACCCCGGAGGUGGCAUUUGUCUGGUUGUAAAUAAUGAGACAGACCGCAAUGGAUUUCAGCUCCUCGUCGGUGUUUGAUCAGCACAAAGGUGAUGCAGCAGAAGAGAUUGACUUGACUGUGGUUUACCAAGCAGCCGCUAAUGGUGAUGUGAACACACUAACAGCAGUGAUUCGAGAAGAUCCUUCCAUCCUGGAGUGCUGUGACAGCGAGGGUUGCACACCUUUGAUGCAUGCUGUGUCAGGACGCCAGGUUGAUACAGUGAAGCUUCUGUUGAAGAUGGGAGCCAAUAUUAAUAUUCAAGAUGCUUGUGGACGUACCAGUUUAUCUCUGGCAACUUAUCUGGGGUGGCUGGAAGGCUGUGUCAGCCUGCUCAGAAAUGGUGCUAAGCAAAACAUACCUGACAAAAAUGGGAGGUUGCCACUACAUGCUGCUACUGCAGAGCCUGACGUGAGGCUUCUGAAUGUGCUUCUGCAGCAGUCAAAUCUUAGUGAAAUUAAUCAUCAGGACAAUGAGGGAAUGACUUCGCUCCACUGGGCUGCUUUCCACAACAGGCCCCAGCACACCCAGACUCUGCUGCACAAGGGAGCAGACCCGACUCUGGUGGACAAAGACUUCAAAACAGCUCUGCACUGGGCAGUACAGAGUGGCAACAGGAUUCUGUGUUCCAUCAUUCUGGACCACUACCAGGGACCAUCAAUAAUAAACUACGAUGAUGAGAAUGGCAAAACAUGUAUGCACAUUGCUGCUGCUGCAGGCUACAGUGAUAUUAUCAGUGAGCUGGCUAAAGUCCCAGAGUGCAACCUGCAGGCCCUUGAUGUGGAUGACAGGACGCCUUUGCACUGGGCUGCAGCAGCAGGGAAAGCUGACUGUGUGCAGACACUGCUAGAACUGGGGAUAGACAGCAGCCCUCGAGACAUCAAUGAAAACACUCCUCUGACAUAUGCAGUGUACUGUGGGCACACAGCAUGCAUCAAGCUGCUGUCUCAGGAGAGCAGUAGAUCUGAGCCAGUUCAUCAGUUUUCCUCCCAGAACAACAGAUUCCUAAAGAAAGAAGGACGAUUCAGUAUGCUGAACCACAUCUUCUCCUGCAAAAAGAAGAAAGAUGAUCAGAAAACUAGUCAGAAGGAGAGAAGCAGAGACCGAUAUCCUACAGAAGAGACCUCAGAAGUAGAUGACAUCAUCACCACUUUUGACUGCAUUAUGGACACAAAUUGCAGAGACAUUCCAGAUGAGUGUGUGACCACCACUGACUUUAAAAGAAGGAGCACAGACACAAAGUACCUUAUACCAGAAAAGAAGCAACCAGAGUGUCAGGGACUUCUGCCCGUCAGAACCCAGAGCCUCCCCCCAGUCACUGCAGGCAAUUCCUUCCUAACUGCUUCCCAGAGCACAACUUCAAGCUUCUCCUCCAGCACCAGCACCCACCAUUUUGCACACAAGUCUCAAAAGAGUAGGAGUGAACACAACUUGCUGGACCACAGAAGCAGCUGCCAGGCUUUGUUGGAUGAUCCCUGGAACGCAGACUCUAACCAACCACUCUCCUACAAAGUCUGUAAUCGGACUCCUUCAGACAAACUGAUAAAUGGCUUAAACUCUGAUAGAUCUCACCAUGUGCUUUUGUGCCCUCCCCGCCUUCCCUCACUUCCCAGUUCUCCAUCAGGUAAAAAUUUUCAACAGAUGUCUGUAGACCAACACAAGAUAAAAAAUCUUACUCCUGUACAGAACAGCCUAGCUCCCAUACCCAACCACUAUGCUCACAAAAACUUACCUUUAAGGUUUAAAAGGCCAGUGCUAACAGUGCUUACAACUGCCUUCUGUGAGCUGAACCAAAAUCAUCAACUCAAACCAUGGAGGCCACUGGAAAGCUGUAGGAUGAGUUCAGUUCUCUACUGACACGCUCUGUUUCAGCCAGCAGUCUACUCUGAAAAGUUUCUUGUAUUACUGUGCCACCCAGAUACAUGCAGCCAUGGAAAUAAAAUCCACAUUAGCAUAACUCCCUUGUUUAAUGUUCUAAACUCCACAAUCCUAAUUUACUAACCCAAAUGUUGGGCUAAGUUCAACAGCUGGGCCAGCUGAAACUAACAAGUACCAAUUGUUUCAAGUGAUGACUUAAAUUAUCCUAAUUUAAAAUGUGAAUAAAGCCUGUAGACUUUCCUCUCUGCACUAACCUUCACUGUUUAUGGUUUUCUUUGAAUAUGCCAUUAUGUAAGUAGAAGCUUUACUUACCCUCUGGCCCAUCUUCUCUACUCUGUCAGAACAUCAAGCUAACUCUCACAUUUAUGUGCAUUUCUGCAAGUUUACAAUCUGCAAGAGCGUGACAAAUUCUGCAUUCCACACAACAGAGGUUGUUGGGGGGGGGGGGGGGGUUGUUGAUUGCUAUGCAUAACCACAUUGUAUUAUUUAACUAUGUAAUAGUAUUACAUCGACAGUCAAGUUGAUUUUUCUAUUCCAAACAUUCUUCAAGAAAAAUUUUAAUUCCUCAGCUGCCUGAAGCUGAGAGAUGUCAGAGAUCUGUGUCAAAAUGUUCUCUAAAUAAAGAGACCUUCAAAGAAAUGCCACCACAGGUGUGAACUACUUCCUUUCAAGCACAUCUACAACAAUCUCAAUCCUAGAGUUAGUCUGAGAAACCAACUCUCGAGCUAUUUUUAAAUAUAUUUUCAUAACAGAAAUUGUAUCUCAGCUCAAGCGAGAAUUUUUAGGGAGAAGAAUACCCUAGUGACACUUUUGAUUUGGCAGCCAUCUGGAUUUCUUCAAGAGUCUGAAUUCUGCUGGGGAGUAUUCCUUUCUUCUGUUCUCAGGAGAUCCCAGAAAGUAGUCAGCACUGACCCUCCAGCUGUUGAAAUGUUAUACACAUGGUAGGAUGAACAGUGUUAACUCCUUAGUGUUAACUCCUUAGUGUUAACUCCUUAAUAACAUCAACAGACAGUAAUGUGAUGCUUUAUUGGAAACACACAUUAUAUGAACUCUCAAACAGCCAUGUCACAACAUCAAAUGGUUGUAAUUAGUUCCAGUACAUCAGGGUAUGGUGUACCACCUCAGUGUAAUGACAUGUAUUUGUUCAGGCAUUUUUGUUUUGGUUUUGUUUUUUUUUUUCACUAAAACUGUCAGUCUGUCAUUUUUAAACUGAUUACCCAAUCUUCCUGGGCAGGUCUCCCAGAGUAUGUAGUCUUGUCUGUACAGUGAAUAAGAAAACAUUGAAUAAGAAUACUUGGUGAUGUGGGGUGGUUGGGUAGGUUUUUUGUUUUGUUUUUAAUGGUAAAGGAGUGUCACCUGAAUGUUGAAAUUCUAGGAAAACAAAACCAGUUCAUUUCUGCUGUGUACCCUGAAAAAAAUGUCGCUUUCUUUAUAAAAACGGUAUGUUCCUUCACUUAUUUCAGUGGUGUUCUCAAUGGAUUAGUAUGAUACACUAUUUUUAAAUCAGAACUUGCUUCCUGAGGCUCACACUUGCCACCCCAACCCCUUGCAAAGAGGAAAUGGUAGUGCCUAGUUCGGCACAACAGAGCAGCAUAGCAACAAAAUGGAAGGAAAGAUGACAAUGAUGUGUUGAGCUCUGAGUCCCAUGUGCCUAUACAGAGGCACUCUGGAAAGCUGUUGCCAAGGGGCAAGGAAGGAACUGAGGAACAACCACAAGAUGCCACAUUUCCAAGGUGAAGCUCACAAUGUGAUCUGAGCUAAAUCAAGAGCUUCGAGGAGGUAUUCACAGUAGUUGUGAAAGCAACUAUUGCCACUGGAUCCUAAGUGACCAGCAAAUAAAUCAAAAUAAGAUAUUCAUGAGAGGUAGCAGCAUGGUGUCUGACUUGAUCUGAUUAUUUUUCAAGAAUAUCUGCAGGGCUAUGCUUCCUACAUACAAAGAAACAAACACCAGAAAACAGUUCCAGUUUCUGCAUUCAAAAAUGGGAACCUACUUUCCAGGCAGAGGAGCUUACUCCUUCUCUUCCCAUUGUCAUCCUAACAGUGACUCUCCCUUUUCUUGUGGAUUCCUGGUGACCUUCUGCUGUGAACACACACUGAUUUUCACACCACCCAUUCAUACUGGCCAGCACCAACAUAGCUAACUCAGGCACCACCUCAGGAAUGUGUUCUAUAUACAUGCAAACUGUUCAGCUUUGUACAGCUGUGCCAUAUAGUGCUAGGACUGUGCUAACAGUUUUGACUUUCUGGGAAUACUUAUCCAAUUUAAAUUAAGAUCUUACUGGCAAGUAUGCUUAAUAGCCUCUAGCAAGAGUUUAAGAAAGUUACCAAGAAACACGUUUAUGAGAGAGUGGAAUGUCACUGAGCAGUGGGGCACGUGACAGUAAGUUGUACUGGGAUUUAUAAAAGAGAAACCAUUUAGGGUGUGAUUUGUGUGGUUGGCUUGAACAGCAAAAAAAAAUGCAAAUUCCAUUAUGCAAAAUACUCUUUCACUUUGCAGUAAGCAUAACUGGAAAUACAGCUUGUGGCAGAAGCCAGCAUUGCCUCAGACUGCAUCCGUCCUCUCCCAAGCUGCAGGCAAAUCCUUUACUAUUCAUUCUUGUUCCGUUACACUCUAAUUGCACUAAAGUCCAUCUUUUAUACAUAAGACGUGACUACUUAUUUAACUGUUUGUAAUUGAUUUACUUAUAUCAAAGUAGCACCUGGACAUUCCAGUGAAGACUUAAAUCUCAUUGUGCUUCUUACUGUGUAAAUACAUUACAAGAAGUAGACCCUGUAAUCGCAAAAUUUAGAACUGAAAUAAGCAGGCUACACAUAGAGUAGCGAGAGUAACAGCAGUGGUGAAAUGAAACAAUUUGGUCAAGGUAAAACAGCAAAGAUUUCUUGGCUGGUUUCUUGAUUCAGCCAUACUUAUUGUUAGUACCUUUCUGAAAUUGAAAAUAUGGUGGCUGUUUGCAGUUAAUGACUGAAAAUGGUGGUAUUCUCAUGUCAUUCUCCAUCAAUAUCAGUCACUCUGGUUAUCAACAUGGCUCAACAGGAAAUGAAGCUUACAGAGUAGCAAGGAGUGGUUUUUCCUUUUAUCUCCUUAAUUCAGAUCCUCCAGGUGUAAAAGAUAGAUCUGUUAUUUGGAGACAGCAAGGCUAAGCUUAUACAUUUCUGACAUCCAUGAAUCAGAAAGAAUAUUUGCUGAUAGCAUGUUGUAAAAUUCACCCGUUUCUCCAUAGAACUAUGGUAAGAAAAUCGUAAAAGUCAUGAACUUCAUUCCCCAUUGUGUUUUUCUUUAUGUGAGCUCUGUGAAACAACGUUCAACAAUGAAAUAAAUGGUGCUUUACAUGACACUUUGAUGAAACCA